AUGGCCAAGUCCAAGAACUCCUCGCAGCACAACCAGUGGCGCAAAGCGCACCGUAACGGGAUCAAAAAGCCCAAGACGUCGAGAUACCCUUCGCUGAAGGGAACCGACCCCAAAUUCCGCCGGAACCAUCGACAUGCUCUCCAUGGCACUGCCAAGGCUCUGGUAGGAACCGAUCGAGCAUACCCUGGCAACAAGACGGACAUUAACCCAUACAACAGAAAGAAGCCAAGGAAGGCAAGCGUGAAACAGUAUGAGGGAAUCUAUGUCGAUUUUGAUCCGGUGGAAGAAAGUUGGACAGGUCAUGAUGGAGGUCUUGUCCAGUCUGGACGACGUUGUCAGGCCGGCAUCGAUGGGCGCUACGUGAAACGAACUGCCAGUGCGAUCACAGGACAUGGCGGAAAGACCAAGUCAAUAAGGAAGCCGCCGCUGGGAAUCGGUGGCUAUCUCGCAAUUUCGCGCAGUAUUUGA